CCACAUGUCAUAACACCGCAUAAACAAAAGAAACAAAUAGAGAGAGAGAGAGAGAGAGAGAGAGAGAGAGAGAGAGAAGAAUUACUUACAGAAAGAAAAUAUGAAUCUGGCUCCGAUCUUCUUGGCUUGUUGUGUUUUAUCCUCUGUUCUCCCAAGCAACCUUUCACAAGGUGAAGAAUUAAGAUUGAGCACUGCACAAAGAAAGCCGUGGUGCCCAUCGAGAAAACAAGUGUUCAAUGGUUCAUGCUCAGCGGAUGGAGGACAACAGUGUUUAAAUGACUUAUUAAGUACAUGGGAUCAAAGUGUAAGGCUCAGCCCAAUCUACUGCAAUUGCAAUCCUAAACCUAAAAACAAGCGUCUCUGCAAUUGUCCUAAUAUGAUUUGUCCAUAGUAAACAUGAUUCGCUAACUUUACUUAGGCAGUGGUUAUUUUGUUAAAUGGCGUAUAAGUAGGUAUCGGUGUCCGGGUACUUGUUUGGGUUAGGCUUAAGUUUUUUUGGGUUCAGCUUCAUAAACUCCGUUUGGAUAUUAUUUCAGUAUGAGUUGUUCAGAAAUUUUUACAUGUCGUAUGAAAAUAAACAUAUAAUGAACAUCUGAUGUACUUAUUUAAGUUUUAAACUAGAUCUUGACCCGUGCGACCGCACGGAUAUU